AAUGUUUUUAAUUAACCGAAAAGACAUGGACACAAUGAAAAUUCCCAAAUCACGAGUUCAAUUACAUCUUCAUUUAGAGGGCUCAGUCAGACUGACCACUAUAUGGGAAUUAUCACAAAGAAAAGGAAUUAAAUUAACGCCAAACGAAACAUUUGAAGAGUUAAGAAAUCAUUAUAUAAUGAAGAAACCAGAAAGUCUUGAAGUGUGUCUUAAUUUAAUCGCUGAAUAUUAUCGUAUAAUUGUUGGUGACGUCGAAGCUAUUGAAAGAAUUGCUUAUGAAUUAUGUGAAGACCAGUUCUUACAGAAUGUGCUGUACUUUGAGGUCAGAAUGAAUCCCCAGUACUCGUCAAAUACUGUUGAAGAGAACCCACUGGCCAGAGGACAGGUAGUCGAUGUCAAUCAUCCAAAUGCAUUGACUCCCAAACAAGUGGUUGAAACCGUAUUAAAAGGUUUAAAAAGAGGAGAACAAGAUUUUGGAGUUCAUUCUUCACUGAUUUUGUCGUGUAUUACUAUAUUUAAUGAAUGGAAUGAAGAUAUAUUAGAUUUGGCUCAAGAGUUCAGAGACAAAGGUGUUGUCGGUAUAGACAUUGCUGGUCCCGAAAGUAUGGAUCCAGAAAACAGUCAUACAUUUAAUGAAAAAACUGUUGAAUUGUUCCGAAAAGCAAAAGAGUUAAAUAUUCACCGGACAGUUCACGCGGGAGAAGUAGGACCCGCUUGUAAUGUUGCCUUUGCUGUGGACAAGUUGUUCGCUGAACGAAUAGGACACGGAUAUAAUGGGGUAUUAGAUGAUGAGGUCUAUCGCAAGUGUCAGUUAGCAAACAUACACUUCGAGAUCUGUCCCGUUUCCAGCUAUUUAGCUGCCGGUGUCUCUCUGUCCGUCAAACACCCGGUUGUAAAGUUGGCCGAAGAUUUAGCUAAUUUUUCCAUCAACUCAGACGACCCGACAGUUUUUGGCAAUACUCUCGAUGAUGAUUAUCUUUUUGUCUCCAAAAUGGGUUUAAAUGAAUUUCAUUUAGUGAGAGCCAAUAUAAAUGCAUUGAAAUCAUCGUUUUUACCGGAAAAUCGAAAGCUUGAACUUUUGCAAUACAUUUAUAAAUUGUUUGGAUUGUAAUCUAAUCUAUGGCUCAUUAAUCUACGUGUGUGUUUCUUUUAGGGUAA